AUGGCCAGGAGAACCAGCCACGGCCGGCGAAAGAUCGAGAUCAAGAGGAUAGAAGAUGAACAAACUCGGCAAGUGACGUUCUCAAAACGUCGAGGUGGGUUGUUCAAGAAGGCCAGCGAGCUUUCCACCCUGUGUGGGGCUCAGGUCGGGAUCUUGGUGUACUCCCCAGGAGGAAGGCCCUACUCCUUCGGCCAACCUGGCUUCGUGGAGGUCUCUGAUCGAUUCCUCCCAUGCGUCCCCACGCCGAUCGGCUCAGACCCUCCUCCUAUGCCACCUCCAGCCUACUUGUCGGUGUCCCAGCCCAGCAAGCACUACCUGGAGGUCGUGAACGUGCUGGAGGCCGCGCGGGCCAAGGGUGCAGUGCUUAAGGAGAGACUUGCCAUGGUUCUCGAGGAGGAGGGGCGGGCCUAUGAGUCUGAAAAUGAUGACCUCACCGUGGAGGAGCUUGGAGACCUCGUCGCGCGAUUGGAGGCGCUUAAAAUGCGGGUGUUUUCCAGAUUCUCUACGAUCCUGAAUCAACAACAAGCUUCUUCAUCGAGUGCUGCUUUGACUGUCACCCCGCUGAAUGUGAUCAACCCUUAUGCCACCAAUGGACCCCAGGCUUAUCCAGGUGGUGGGUUCGUCCUGGGGAAUAAUGGCCAUGGUGCCGGUGGGUUCCUGGGAACCGGUGGCCAUGGUACUCCCAGUGGAUUCAUGGGGAACGAUGGUAAUGGUCCUCUUGGGUUCAUUGCUUGA